AUGCAGAACGUGCACGCGACUCCCUCCGCUGCGUCGACGCCGCACAACGAUGCGUGCAGAAAGAGCAACACGAAGGGCAUCACAUACCCCAACGAGCAGCGAGCCGCGCGGCAGCUGAAACUCGCCUUCCCCGACGCGGACGCCGAAGUAGUGCAGGAGCUCGCGUUCCUCGUCGCGGCACGGCGCCACACCAUUCAGAACGCCGUCACUAUUCUGACAAACAUGGAGCUGGCGAACAACGGCGGUGUGGCAGGCAACAUCAACAGCACCGCGAACAACAAUAGCAAGAACAAUAUCAACAAUGAGAACAACAACGCCCGCAGCAAUAAUAUUGCCCACAGCGGCACUGACAACGCCCACCAUCACAACAACGGCAAGGUGCCUUCCACGGCGGCUGCUGGAGUGCCACCAGCUCAGCGUGCCUCGCCACCAAAUGCCGUAAAGACCCAUGUUGAGCAUCGUGCUGGCGGCGACAACGCACAUCCACCCAGCACAUCGGCAAAGCACCCGCAGCCGACACCGCACCAGCGCACUGCCGUCAGGCGCAACAGCGACAUGGCGAAGACUGGAGCAAAGGCGACACUGUUCACAACCACCAUGACGGGUGACCGCCGAGUCCGUGAUCACUGCCGGCAAAUCGAGACGCUCUUGUAUCUGAAGCGCAUCCAAUACGAGACGGUUAAUGUGGCGGACGAUGCCUUAAAACAGCGAAGCCUGCGCGAAAUGUAUGCGGCGUCGUCAGGCCGCACAGGGGCGCCACCGACACCGGCGCUCUUUGUGGGUGACCACUUCCUUGGCAACUACGAAAUGCUGCAGGAGAUGGAGGAUGAUGGGGUGCUGAUGGAGAAGAUGCGACAGCUGGGCUACUCUGGGGCCCCGCAGUAG